AAUACUCGCGAACUUGUCCUCGAAAACACAAAAAUACAUGUAAAUUGCGACGUGAUGAAAUUUUAAUAUAUUACUAUAAUAAAAUAAAGAUUUUAGAUAAUUGUUUUGAGUCGGUACGGCAAGGAUGUACGAAUUUGUUUCGGUACUCGUUUUGUUUACAAAAUAAUCAAGAUUAACAAUUUUUGUUUUGUUUUAAUGUAAAUAAAGUAGUGACCUUUGAAUUUUCAAUAUAAUAUUAAUUGAGAUUGUCGUCAGAUCUAGUUUUAUUUCAUCCAGUCAAUCGAGGUUAGAAAAUUCGUGAUCAAAAACAGAUCAUUUUUAAAUUGCAUUCAGAAGUUUAAAACGCAUGCCGAAUGAAUAAAAUGUGUAGUGUAAAUACGAAUGCUUGUGUUAAGGCCAAUAACGGACAAAUGGAAAAUCCGUUAGGUUUGUUGACAAGCGUUACGUCGCCUGGCAACUUAGCAUACACGCGCCGAGGAUGUAAAGCAUCAUUCGACAACAGUCUUCAGCUGUUCCACAACCACCAAACAUUGCAAAGAUGAAAUCUAUUGUGUUGGUUUCUAUGCUGGUCGCAGUGGCCUUGGCCGCGCCUCAGGGGCCCACCGAGCCUAUCCCAAUUGUUCGUGACGACAGCCAAAUCAACGGCGACGGGUCAUACCAGUACGCUUUCGAAACCGGCAACGGUAUUAGCGCUGACCAGAAGGGUGAACUGAAGAAGGUUGGCGACGUUGAGGCUCUCGAAGUUCAGGGCGAAUUCAAAUAUCCCGGAGAAAACGGUCAGGACAUCUCUCUGACCUACACGGCUGAUGAGAAUGGCUUCCAUCCAUCCGGCAGCCACUUGCCAACCAGUCCCCCAAUCCCGGAAGCCAUCCAGCGCGCUCUCGACUUCAUCGCCACCGCCCCUCCUGCCCCUGCAGCCGCUGCCGCACAAUAGAUUCAAUCUAGUCUAACUUUACAAAUAGUUAUUGUUUUGUUAAUAGUUUUUUUUUUAAUUUUGUACCACAGAUAAACAUUUUAAUAUAAUACUAAUUCAAUUUA